UGCUUCCAGUUUUGUCAAAGUGAAGCACACACUUGAUUUUUCCUGGAAAGCCUUUGCUGUUUCUCUUUCCCUCCUCCGCCCCACAUUGCCUUAUUGUGACAGCGGAGGGGUGUGUGCUUUGGAGGGCUAUAUAUAUAUAUGGAUCCAAAGCUCAGGAGGUAAGUUUCCAGAGCUGAGCUGUCAGCGGAAAGGCAAAGGAAGCCAGAGGAACAGAAGGGACUCCAGUCUUUCCAGUGGGAAACAGCAUGGCUGAAGCUCUGCUUUUGGAGACGUGGGACCUGCUCUGCGACCACAACAACGAGGACCACCGGACCGCCGACGCCGGUUUCCAACGGCUGCUUGUGCGCCGGGGACAGUAUUUCCUCGUGAAACUGAACUUCUCCGGGAGGCCCUUCGACGAAGCGGUAGACACCCUCACCUUCCACGUCGAGACAGGUCCUUGCCCCAUUGAGACAUCUGGGACCAAGUCCUCCUUCCCUCUCUCUUGCUCCCUGGAAGAGACCAUAUGGAGCUCUGCUGUGGAAGGCCAGGAUGGCUCCUCCUUGACCCUCUUCGUCUUUCCUCCUCCGGACGCCCGCAUCGGCCGCUACCGCCUCACCGUAGACGUCUCCACGGAAGGCCAAGGGUCCAGCUUCGACCUGGGAGAGUUCGUCCUUCUCUUCAAUCCCUGGUGCCCAGAUGACACUGUCUACAUGGAGAGUGAAGAGGCCUGUGUCGAAUAUGUCCUGACCCAACACGGACACAUCUACCAAGGAUCCAAAGACUUCAUCUAUUCCAUCCCUUGGAACUUCGGGCAGUUUGAAGAAGGGAUUGUGGACAUCUGCCUGCAGCUGCUGGACACCAACCCCAAAUUCCUCCGCAACCAAGACAAGGACUGCUCCCAGCGUAACAGCCCCGUCUACGUCAGCAGGGUGGUCAGUGCCAUGGUGAAUUGCAAUGACGACCAAGGCAUCCUCUUUGGACGAUGGGACAACCAGUAUGACGAUGGCGUGAGUCCCAUGGCCUGGAGUGGAAGCGUGGACAUCCUUCAGAGGUGGCAGAAGUUUGGAUGCCAACCCGUCCGUUAUGGGCAAUGUUGGGUCUUUGCAGCCGUGGCUUGCACAGUGCUCCGCUGCCUGGGCAUCCCCGCUCGUGUGAUCACCAACUACAACUCUGCCCACGACACCAAUGGCAACCUGGUCAUUGAGCAAUACCUGGACCAGAACGGCAAGCUGCAGCAGGGCAACCGAGAACUCAUCUGGAAUUAUCACUGCUGGGUCGAGGCUUGGAUGGGACGCCCAGAUCUUUCAGAAGGAUAUGAUGGAUGGCAGGUGUUGGACCCAACGCCCCAGGAGAAAAGUGAAGGUGUUUACUGCUGCGGACCAACGCCUGUCAAGGCCGUCAAGGAAGGAGACCUUCACCUCAAGUACGACGUCCGAUUUGUCUUUGCCGAGGUCAAUGCCGACGUGGCGUAUUUGAUGCUCCAGAAGGACAUGUCCCGGAAGAAGACCACCUUCACCUCCACAGUGGGCAAGAACAUCAGCACCAAGAGUGUGGGCAGGGACUCCAAGGAGGACAUCACCCAUCAUUACAAAUACCCUGAAGACUCGGAGGAAGAGCGGGCUGUGUUUGAAAAGGCCCAGGUCCACAAAGACCCACCGCCAGCAGAAGAAGGGCUGAAGGUCAAGAUCAAAGCCUCCGAGGGCAUGAAUAAUGGCUGCGACUUUGACGUCUUUGCCCUCCUCACCAACAACACAGCUGAGGAGCACCGGUGCCGCCUGAUGUUUGGGGCCCGGACGCUCAGCUACAAUGGGGCUCUGGGUCCCGAGUGUGGCUCCAAAGACUUGCUCAAUGUGACACUUGAACCAUAUGCAGAGCGGACCAUUCCUUUGCGCAUCCUCUAUGAGAAGUACGGCCACUGCUUGACUCAGGACAACAUGAUCAAGGUGAUGGCCCUCCUUGUGGACCUCGACACCCAGGAAUCAGUCCUCGGGGUCCGGAACAUCUACGUCAAGAACCCGGAUAUCAAAGUCAGGGUCCUGGGGGAGCCGAUGCAGAAGCGGAAGCUGGUGGCUGAAUUGACACUGACCAACCCACUGCCCACCCCUCUCUCUGGCUGCGUCUUCACCGUGGAAGGGGCUGGACUCACAGAUGGACAGAAGAUCCAGGAGAUCGACUCCCCAAUCAGUCCAGGCGAAGAAGCCAAAGUGAGGGUGGACUUCGUUCCCCGGCAGUCCGGUUUGCGGAAGCUGGUGGUGGACUUCGAAAGCGACAAGCUGAAAGGGGUGAAGGGCUACCGGAACGUCAUCAUCGCCCCCUUGCCCAAGUGAAGAAGCCGGCCUCCACUUGCCUUGCCGCACUCCUUUGCAAUGAGCCUCCCCUUUAGAGCAAGAGGGACACAUCCCAGGAGUAGCCGAGACCCAAGGAGAAGCCCUCCAGAUAUGGACGCUUGAAGCCCAACCCAACACGUCCUGAGUUGCAAAUCACUCCGUCUCCUCCAAUGCAGAAUGCUCCUUCUUCUGGUGUUUAGACAUGGAAACUGAUAUGGCUCAUUGGCAGGAGUGUCCAUCUUCCUGAAUUCAUUUCUCAUAGGAUGCAUCUACACUCAUCAUCGAGUGAAUGCGGUUGGACAUCACUUUCAUUGCUCAAUGCUAUGUAUUUCUGGGAGUUGUAGCUUGGCAAGGGCUUGUUCCUUCUCCAUCAAUGUGUUUUGAUACCUUACUCCACAUGACAGCUCCCAGGAAUCCAUAGCAUGGAGCCAUGACACUUAAAGUGGUGUCAAACUGCAUUAAUUUUACAGUGCGGACGCAGCCCUAAACACCUUCGUCACACAACUUGAAGGUUGGGUUGUUGUAGGUUUUUUCGGGCUAUAUGACCAUGGUCUAGAGGCAUUCUCUCCUGACGUU